UUGUUUGUUCAUCAGUUUCGGUUGGUUUCGGUUGCACUUGCACACUACUCCAUGUCCGUGCUUGCUGUCGAUCCAUUACACUUAUUCGGGAUUAAUUCUUCGCACGUAAAAAUUUUACAAGAAUGGCAAUGACUCCACGUGCAAAGCAAAGAAUUGCAAUUGUUUUAGAGGUGACCAAAGUCGUAUUCCACUGGGGAUUUAUUCCAGCGAUAUUGUUCUUAGGAUUUAGAAAAGGUGCUGAUCCUGGUAUGCCUCAAUUAUCAAUUAUGAACUUGUUAUGGCAAUAAAAACCUAAAAUCAGCUUCAA